AUGCAGAUCAAAGUACGAACCCUCACCGGCAAGGAGAUCGAGCUCGACAUCGAACCUGACUACAAGGUCUCGAGGAUAAAGGAGCGCGUUGAGGAGAAAGAGGGCAUCCCACCGGCACAGCAGCGCUUAAUCUACGGAGGCAAGCAGAUGGCUGACGACAAGACCGCAGCAGACUACCAGCUCGAGGGUGGCGCAACGCUUCACUUGGUACUUGCCCUCCGUGGCGGCUGCUGA